AUUUUAUGUUAGAUUUCUUCAUAAAAACUCCUUUUAACUAAAAUCGUACAAUUUAUGAAUAUUAUUACGUAAAAGGAGGCUGUAUUUUAUUCGUUCUAGACUGUGUCGAAAACUGUUUGAUAAAAUGCAUUUGGAAGUGCCUGUGUUUAAAAGGUUUUGUUUUUGUUUACCAUUGCGGCAUGGUCUGAUUGUAUGGGGAUAUCUUAGACUGGUCCUAUCCGCACUGACAAUAGUUGCUGUUGAACAAUGUUUUUCUUCAAUGUUAUCACAAGCGAAGACAGAAGAUGGUGUAAAGUACACCAUUUACACAGUUCUUCUAGGAGUACUCCUAAUAUUCAUUCUAGCUGACAUCUUAAUGAAUAUUGUCUUCGUUAUUGGUGGUCACAGGAUUCUAGACUUGAUCCUGGUAGUGGCUCUGAUAUCCAGCUUCAUAGAAAUGCUGCGGAUGGUUCAGACUCGGUCCUACCAUGUAGGCAACCUGGUCAUCAUCAGCCUUAUCAUAGUGCUGGGUAUCGCAGACUUUAUCCUGACUCUUGUGUUCGUUAUUGGGGGGCAAAAGAAAAACGUGAAACUGCUAAAAACGUGCUACAUAUACAACUUGGUGCUGUGGGUGCUGCUAAUCAUCUUGGGAGUCUCCGUAUCAAUUUACUCCGCGUACCUGAUGUACGAGUACAACAUGUCGUUCCUCGACCAUAUCUUCUUCAUCCUCACUGACGUUUUCACUUACCUUUCUCAAACAUUGGUACAAGGAUACUUCCUGUUACUCUUAAGAAGUGAAAUAAUUAAGCUGGAGAACAAUAGUGAAUUCCAGUUUGUAAACAACGCAGCCGAGUCUGAAUGUAGGAUGAACUGGGCACAAGAUGGCGUUACUAGCGCGCAAGAGGAAGAAACUCAAGAAAUACACAAGUUCUAG